AUGAAGACUGUUGCUGUUGUAAUGAAAUCUUUGGAUGAGGAAAUCCCAUUGUCUAAGAACUCUGUUGGGGAUGGAUUCCUAGGAUCAGCAAAGCAUGUUGUAAUGAUAUUUAUAGAGAAGAACAAGAUGUUUCUCUUCAAUGAUCCUCACUUGAUGCUUGAGUCGGAAAAGACCCUGAGGAUGGAACAGAAGCUCCAUAGAAAGGCUGUUGUUGAACAUCUGGAAAAGGCUGCUCAGGCUGUGAAGAAGUUAAACUUCAAGGCCGAAGUAUCGAAGUUGGUGAUUAAUGGAGAUGAGAAAUACAAAAUAGAAAAAUGCCUGGCAUGUCUGGAGGUCCAAGCAGUGAUGUUCAUCGGUAGACAUAAGAAAAAAAGGUUUUAUGAAUGCUUUGUCCAAUCGUUGGAGGACUAUGUGUUUGAGGCUAUGAAGAUUCCUAUUAUCAAGAUACCAGCUUCUAAGCAUCGGUCUUGA